AGCGAAUCGUUCGAUCGAACUCAUUCCGAACUCUAUCAACUAUUGCUUCUUGAGUGAGAAUCUUGAUUAAAAAAGCGAAUAUUUUGUAGAGGCAUUUGUAAAACUGUUUUAAUAGUCAGCUAAAAACGUUGAGCGACAAACAAUUUGAUUGACGCGAGCUGUAAAGUGCAACAAGUGAAAGCCAAUUACCUAUUAUUACCAAGAAAAAUGCCGCCCGUUGUUCAAGUCCAGGCUAACAAUAUGUCGCUGAGUGCAAUGCAUUGCACGAGAUGCGCCGACGGUUUCGAGCCCACCGAAAAGAUCGUCAACUCCAACGGCGAACUGUGGCACACGCAGUGUUUUGUAUGUGCGCAAUGCUUCCGUCCGUUCCAGGAUGGCAUUUUUUACGAGUUCGAGGGUCGCAAGUACUGUGAACGGGAUUUUCAUGUGCUCUUUGCACCAUGCUGUAACAAGUGUGGCGAGUUCGUAAUUGGACGCGUCAUCAAAGCAAUGUCUGCCAGCUGGCAUCCGCAGUGCUUCCGUUGUCAGCUGUGCGCCAAAGAAUUGGCCGACAGCGGCUUCAUACGCAAUCAAAAUCGUGCGCUUUGCCAUGAGUGCAAUGCCAAGGUGAAGGCAGAGAUAACUGGUCGAUAUGUGUGCCAAAAGUGUCACGGUCUGAUUGACGAUGAACCGUUGCGUUUCCGUGGCGAAGUGUAUCAUGGCUAUCACUUUAAUUGCUCCGCCUGUGGCACAGAGUUGGAUGCCACAGCACGCGAAGUGAAGAGUCGUCCAGGUUUGGCUGCAAACGAUAUGAACGAGUUGUAUUGUCUACGCUGUCAUGACAAGAUGGGCAUUCCCAUUUGCGGCGCCUGCCGUCGACCGAUUGAGGAGCGUGUGGUCACAGCCCUCGGCAAGCAUUGGCACGUUGAGCAUUUCGUGUGUGCCAAGUGCGAGAAACCUUUCCUGGGCCAUCGUCACUACGAGAAACGCGGUCUGGCCUACUGCGAGACGCAUUAUCAUCAGCUAUUUGGCAAUUUGUGCUUUGUGUGCAACCAGGUCAUUGGUGGCGAUGUGUUUACCGCUUUGAAUAAGGCGUGGUGCGUGCAUCAUUUCGCCUGCUCCGUGUGCGAUACGAAAAUGACGCAGAAAUCAAAAUUCUACGAGUACGAUGAGAAGCCGGUGUGCAAGAAAUGCUACGAAAGGUUCCCCAACGAGCUGCGUCGUCGGCUACGAAACGCCCACGAGAUGACCAUGAAGAAGAAUGUGUAGUGUAUCAUUGGAGACAGGCAGACAGCCAAACUGUCCGCAACUUUCCAAAACCACAAAGUCAAAGUGCCUUUUGCCGUUCAGCACAAACGAUCCGCUUAGUUCUCUGUUUGUAGUUGUCCACUUCUAACAUUCAAUGUUAUUAAUCCUCGAAAACUAAAAAAAAAAGCUUGUGCCUUUUUCACAUUUCUGUAACUUUAUUGUACUGUGUCAUUUCAAAAGUAACAAAAGCGUCAACUAUUUUGUUA